AUAAAGCGUUUGAUCUAACUACAGCCGUCAGCGCGCGCUGUGGACACGGCUGGAGACAUGCGCUCGUGUCGCGGGGUCCUGUGGUUGACAUCUCUUACAACUGUGUUGUCUAGUUUGCAUCCUGAGUGUGAGUAUAUCUUUCAGCUUGCAAGAGAUGAACAGCGGUGUCUCAGAGAGAUCACAGAUCUCGGGAACCUCAGCAGCUCCUCAGGUUGUCUGCCAGUAUGGGAUUCAGUAGUGUGUUGGCCCAGGGCUGCAGUGGGUGAGACGAUCCACUCGCCCUGUCCUGCUGUUUUCUCUGUCAUCAAGAACAACACGGGUAUAGUGAGUCGUAACUGCACGCCUGGCGGCUGGUCACAUCCGUUCCCUCCGUACCAUGAGGCCUGCAGUGUUGAGGACGAAAUCCCAGAGGAGUCAUACUUUGCCACUGUGAAGCUGAUCUAUACUGUUGGAUAUGGAGCAUCACUGCUGUCGCUCUCUGUUGCCGUGGCAAUACUGAUGCUCUUCAGGCGAUUACACUGUGCUCGAAACUACAUCCACAUGCAGCUGUUUUUCACCUUCAUCCUGAAAUCGGUGGCUGUGUUUAUCAAAGAUGCUACGCUGUUCUCCAGUGACGACACAGAUCACUGCACGCUCUCUACAGUGGCCUGUAAGGUGUCAGUGGUAUUUUGUCAUUAUUGCAUCAUGACUAAUUUCUUCUGGUUGCUGGUUGAAGCUGUGUAUCUGAACUUUCUGCUGGUCUCGGCCUUCCCGCGCAGCCGCCGCUGUCUCUGGAGUUUCGCUCUUCUGGGCUGGGGUUUUCCCCUUGUCUGCAUCAUCCUCUGGAUCUGCUCUAGACUAUAUUUUGAGGACACAGAGUGUUGGGACAUAAAUGAAGAUUCUCCUUAUUGGUGGAUCAUCAAGGGUCCAAUUGUGGUGUCCAUAGGGGUGAACUUCUUUCUCUUCGUGAACAUCAUCAGGAUUCUGGUGCAGAAACUGAACCCUCGCUUGAUCCAGUUCAACAAUUCGGCUCAGUACAGACGACUGACCAAGUCCACCCUCCUCCUCAUCCCUCUCUUCGGCACUCAUUACAUGGUCUUCAGCUUUCUCCCAGACUACUUCAACGUGAGCCUGCGGCUGUGCAUCGAGCUGUGUCUGGGCUCCUUCCAGGGUCUUAUUGUGGCGGUUCUCUACUGUUUCCUGAACCAGGAGGUUCAGAAUGAAAUACGCUUACGAUGGAUGCGAAAUCAAGAGGGGAGUUACGUUGUCGUCCCUGUUGGAGCCAAAGGAAGUCAGAUGGAUACUCCAUUCUAGUCGCUAAAACUCACCAGUGCCUCCAUACAGACCUCAACACCUCCAGAAUACAUGAACAUUUGAAUGAAACGGUUUUAUUAAAUGCAGAUCGUAUUGCUCAGUUUAUAUGAAAACCAAUGACUUAAAGAGUGUAUCUAAAGAGAGUAUAUCUGUGAAUUACACACAAUCAAAACAGUUAGUUACAGUAAUGCAAAAUUUGUUGCACUUCAAAUUCAGAUAUUUAAUUAUAAUAUUUAUUUAUUUGUGGAAAUGUUAAACUGUAAAAAAUUACUCAAUAUAAGGCAGUAUGGCAGGUUUAAUAUUUAUGUAUUUAUCUGUAUGUAAGUACAUUAUUUAAAAUAGAGAAAUGUAAAGAUUAAUUGGAAGAUUUAAUGGAUUUCUGAGUGAGAUUCAAGUAACCGGGGCAAGUUUUUACAUGUUUUAUAUGUUGUAAUUUUGUAGAGUUUGUAAGCUACACUUUCUGUUGGCAAAAACAGAGGUUUUUAUAUGUCCUUAUCUUUCAUUUCACAAGCUGUUUUGUGUGUGAUAACUAUAUUUCUGUUUACAUUUGAAAUGCCUGUAAUAGGUAGUUUAAUGUCAAGUUCUCAUGUGUGACAACUUACCCCAUAUAAAGUCAAAGUAAACACUUGAGAGAAAAACAGCUGUGUUUCUGUAUAUUAGAUGCCUUGCAGGUCUUAAAGUGACAGCAGUCUAACAGUACUAAACAUGCUGCCGCUUGUCAUUAAAGGAAGAGUUCACCCAAAAAUUAUAAUUCUGCCAUUAUUUACACACUCUCAUAUUGUCCCAAACCUGCACUGAUUAACACAAAAAAAGAUAUUUUGAAGAAUUGGGUAACCAACCAGUUGCUGGUCCCCAUUGACUUUAGUAGCGAAAAAAAAUAAUACUAUGGAAGUCACUGCAGGACCAGCAACUGUUUUGUUACCCACAUUCUCCAAAAUAACUUUUCUGUUUAACAGUAGAAAGAAACUCUUUCAGGUUUGAAACAACUUGAUGAGCAAAUUAAGACAGAAUUAAUUUUUUUAUUUUUUAUUUUUUGUAUAUUAUGUGUAUUUGAACUUAGUUUAUGUAGUUAGGCUGUACUGCUCAGACAACUUGCAAAAUAGUAAAACCAACAUGACAAAGAAUCGUAAGUUUACUGAAAAAAUACAAAUAAAUGAUACCACAAUCCCAUAGUGUGAUAACAUGCCCUGCAGUUUGCUCAUCAUUUGUUCCUACAUAAUUUUUUCCUGCAAUAACAGUAUAAAUGUUCAAAAGCAUCUUUGUAGCAAAGACUGAAAGUAAUGUAUAAAGAAACUGACUUUCAAACUAAACCCCCGCUCGAAGCUGAAAGUUUGACAUCUAGCCCUGGUAUCUCAUUUCUGCUGCUCGAUUCUUUCUUGGUCACUUAAAAAAAAUGAUUGAUGUAUUUAAUUUUCAUUUUAACAUAGCAUUCGUAACUUGAAUGUGUGAGGCUUCUGGUGCCAUUCACUUCCAGUUAUUUUAGCUGUAGGCCUACUUCAAACAUUACGUUAUGCUGCUUGACAAACUAGUAGGCCUAGUUGUUAAGAUAUUAUUUUGAUUAUUUAUUCUCACCAAAUGUGCAUUUAUAUUUUGUUGCCUAUAAACAGCUAGUAAAAGCAUUGUAAACUUAUUUUUGAUAUAAAUAUUGUAUUAUACUGUAUAUUUUUUUCAGCUGUAAUACAUUAUUUGUUUAUCUGUCUGUUUUCACAUGCUCUUGGAAUGUCCUUAAGUGUAUAAAUGCAUUAAAUCAUCAGAGUGCUUUACAGAGAUGGAAAUAUUACCAAUUUUAUAAAUGCUCUAUCCGUGUAAUGGAUGUAUUUAUUUAUUUUAUUAUGAUUUUUUGUCUAUUUUCUUCCCUUUAAUAGUGCAGUUAAGCUGAUGUUGUCAUGUGCAUGUGUAUGUCCAUAAGCAAGCUGGCGCAGUUUGCUCAUUGUUUUUCAGAUUUUGGUUGAAUGUUGAUAUAUCUGCUUUAAUGUCUAAAAUAUAAUUAUUAUUUUUUUAUAGCAGGAAAAAUGUACAGAAUUGCCAAAUGUCCAGGCUUCAGAAAUCUAUUAAAGAUUAGUCUGUCUGUAAUAAACACUGACCUCUGCUGCUCGAUACAUAACACUACUACUGUAUUUACUCAUCAUACUUAUUUUAAUGAGAAUAAAGUCAUG